GCGGGGGCGGCGAGGAGGGCCAUGCAGUUCCGCAUGCCGCGGCGCCGGAGGGCGGACGCGGCGUCGGCGUCGGCCAGCGGGAUCGGCGGCGGGCGGAGGAAGAGGAUGGCGAUGGCGAGGCUGGGCGGCGAUGGAGGCGGCCGCGGCGGCGGAUCGGCUGAGAGGAGGAGGUUCUUCGGCGCGCUGCGCCGGGUGCGGGUGCGGUGGCUGGCGGCGCUGUACCGGCGGACGCUGCGGCGGCUGCGCGCGAGCUACGCCAGGGCCCUCCGCGAGCUCGUCGAGGGUAGGGCGCUCCUGGGCGCCCUCAACGCGCCCGCCGGCGUCGAGUGCUCCCGCGCCGCGUCGUUCGGGCCGAUGGCCACGGUCGGCUUCUGAGUUCUCGUCGACCUUGUUGGUGUAUGUGGCACCACCUUUGGUCUUUGUACAUACGAAGGUGUGCUUCGCGCGCGGAAAGCCGCAAAACAUAUUUCUAGUGUGUUUUGGUGAUUUUUAGUUCUGUAUUUGCUUGGAUCUCCAUUCAUGUAUGUAAAAAUCCGGCUCUACUCAAUAAAUUCUAAGUAUUACGAUCC